AUGGGCCUUGUAACUUUAGUUAGCGCAAGAAGCAACGGAAGCGACGCAGUCGAGCGACGAAAGCAGCAGCGGAACCUCGUGGAAAAAGUCAAAGAAGAAACGGUGGCUGCAGCCGCACGCGGCACGUGGAGCUGCCAAGAGUGCAGAAGUAGUGGCGCAGCUGGAGUAGCAGACGGCGAUACGCGAAGUCGAUAA